GGUACCCUCCAAGCCCUUUUUCUUCCACCAACCAUAAUCUACAAACAAUUGGUGCUAGGAAGUUUUAUCCAUACUCAGAAACAACUAUAAAACUUCACAAUCCCAUUACCUCUAUGGAAUCAGCUCAGCUCCAGGUGCAGUAAAUCUCCCCCAUCUCAAGUACUGCUGCUAACUUAAACACCCAUAAUCUAGCUUCCAAGAAGCACCAAAGAGAUAUGGGCAGGUCCCCAUGCUGUGAGAAAGCUCAAAUAAACAAAGGGGCAUGGACCAGAGAAGAAGAUGAGCGUCUUGUUGCCUACAUUCAAGCUCAUGGUCAAGGUAGCUGGAGAACCCUACCUAAAGCUGCUGGCCUUCUUCGUUGUGGAAAAAGUUGUCGUCUUCGAUGGAUUAACUACCUUCGCCCUGAUGUCAAGCGAGGAAAUUUUACUGUUGAAGAAGAUGAACUCAUUAUUGAACUGCACAGCCUCCUUGGAAACAAGUGGUCUCUCAUAGCAGGUAGGUUACCAGGAAGAACUGAUAAUGAGAUCAAGAACUACUGGAAUACCCAUAUGAGAAGAAAACUUUUAAGCAGAGGCAUUGAUCCUUCAAAUCAUAGAUCAACCAGUGAACUAUAUGUUGACAGCAUGAGCAAUUCUCUUGGUGCAGUUUUGAAAGAAGAGAAUAUUGCUGGUGGGUUCAGGUACAAACACCAGAAAAACCCAUAUGAAAGAAAAUGCCAAGAACUAAAUCUUGACCUUAAAAUAUGUCCCCCAUUUCAACACCAAUCUGAACCGUUGAAUAGGGAAGUUCUCUGUUUCUACUGUAGACUGGGAUUGCAAAAGAGUAAGAAAUGCAGUUGCAGUGAUGAUUUGCUACACAUGAAGAAUGGAGAUGGAGGUGAGACUUACAGUAGAGAGCUUGGUUACUGUUUACAAGGGAGCAUGUAAAGGGGAUUGUUGUAUUAUGUUUGAAUAAUCUUCUUUCAGAAUGAAAUUACUAAUGCCUACAAACUAUUAAUUUGCCCAGCUAAAGGAACAUUUGUCUCAACAUUUAUUC